GCCUUCUCCUGAUAUACCAUCCAAUUACUUAAUCUACAUGUAUCUUGAUGUUUGAUCGAGAUCUCUUGAUAUGCGGGGCUCGAACUAACCGGACUGGGCAAGUUAAAUGAGAGCACUGCAUUUCUCUUGGCAUGUCGACCUUGAUUCCACCAACAACUCGGUCUAGAUACUUAUAGUAGCACCGUGACCGUUGAAUAAUCAUCAAGAUAUGCAGAAAGGUGAUGUCAUCUAGCAGAUAUUUCCGCAGGAUUGGCUCGAGUGAUCGAUGGCGAAAUCAGACUUACCCCGCCUUUUCGAUAAGGUCUCCCUUGCUGAAUAUUAGAACUUCUAGUAGCUUUUACCUGUCUUUCAUAUUUUGCGAUCAAUACUACUCAAUCAAAGCGUGCGGGCCCAUUCCAAUAUGCCCCGUCAGAAGCGUCGGUAUGUUCCUAAAACCAAAGGAUGCUACGAAUGCUCCCAGCGUCGUAUUCAUUGCGACCGGGCACAGCCACGCUGUGGUAAGUGUAUGUCCAGAGGCAUACCAUGCAGCGGGCUCGGAGUUCGCUACCGGUUCCGGGAUGGGGCUACGAAAGGAAAGAUUGUUUGGCAACAGGAAAAGUCACCUCAUUGUGGCGCACGGUCAGAUGAUCUUCCGCAGCGUCAAGUCUUACCGUUCCUUGUCAGUGGCUGUUAUUUCGAAGAGCAAUGCGAAUGGACUAACAAUGUCACAAAUAACCCCGCAGAGCUGAAUGCACCACAGAGACUUGGCUCUCAUUCACCAGAGACAUCCACUGGUAGCCAUGGGGCGAUGACCACCCUUACUCUAAGCGUCGAUCUAGUGGAUCCCAGCAAUGAGUUUCUAUUGACAUACUUUUCCCACAACAUUGCCCCUCAGAUGGUGAUCAUGGAUGACAGGUACAAUGGAUGGCGAUACAUGGUUCUGCCUUUUGCGUUAUCCGACCAAAUGGUCAUGAACGCUGUGUUGGCUGUAUCAGCCUUUCAUCUCUCUCACAAGUCCGAAGGUAGAUUCCUUGUCAAACCAGACAAGCUCUAUGCGCAGGCCAUUUUAGGGCUACAGAAGAGGAGCUCCCUGGAUGAGUACGAUAUGCUCACCCGACAGUCCAUAUUCGUUGCGGUCCUCACACUCUUAGUAGGGGUCAUGGUCAAUGGGUGCUCAGAUUUUCCCAUCCUGUUUCACAUGUUACAAUCCGCUCUCGAUGCGGUCGGGGGUGAAGGUGGGCUUGGAAAUGGUGAGAUAGCCGAAUUUUUGCUGCGGCAGAUACGCAAAAUGCGUGUCUAUGCUGCACCACUGCUGGGCGAGGAGGACGGUGUACGGAGUAUCAUGUCUUAUGCCCAAGAGAGCUUCGACUGUCUGCACUAUAAUGGCGGCCUCCACCCCGACCACGCGCUCACCUUCUAUCUGAUUGCGGAUCUUCGACAACAGGCGUAUGACAUAUAUCUACAACGCGCGCUGAUGGGACCUAGUGGUACACUAGAUGCUGACAAGAUAGAGACCUUCAAGAGAAUGUUGGACUCAUUUCCUGAGGGAUCAUUAGGCGAACAUGCCCUUGUGUGGCCCACAUUCAUCGCCGCAUCAGAGAGCCGGAAGGGUGAGCAUCGGCUUUUCUUCAAACGGUUCCUAGAAAAGCAGUAUCGCUGUAAUGGGUUCCUCAAUUUACUGAAAGCCCUAAAUCUUCUCGAGAAAAUAUGGGCACGAGACAGUCAUACGAAUUGGCCCGCACUUCUUCCAGAACCACGGGUAUUCAUUAUGUAGCAAUAUAUUCUAG